AUGUCAAGUACCACGUCAUCGACGUCUUCUGAGACGAGGAUUACUUCCGGGACUCUUUUGCCCGGAAACACCACAUCUGCUCCAGUGUCCAAUACUACGUCGCCGAUGUGGUCUGCGACGCGAAUUACUUCCGCUACUGUUCUUCCUGCAACAGCUACGCCAACGGCGCUCCCCGCCUCCAACUUUACCGGCGUCUUGCGCGGGCCGGCACCUUCUUCUCAGGCAUGCCAUUAUCGCCCGGAAGCUAUGGACGGCGCACCGCUCGUCGCCGUCCUGCAGAACGAAGACAUCCGGCAUCGCAACCUCUCGCUGGCGUACCCGUACGUUGGCUCCGUCGGCUUUGACAGCGACGGCAUCACGCCUCUCUACGUGUCUGUCCGCGACGCUGCCAAGGGGUCGCACCUCAUCGACGUCUCGGAUCCUUCUGCCGUCACCAUCUUCGACUCGAGGAACAACUCGAUGCGGUUGGAUGUGACGGGCAUUCACUUCGUCACAGGCCACUGCAACCUGACCGUGUCCUACCUCAUCGACAACAUGUACACGCAGCUCGCGCAGCAGUCUCUCGAAAUGUGCUCACGGGGCCCCAUGGCGCUGCUGGCCACGGAGCAGACCUUUACCCAGACGCUCCUCCUUCGUGACCAGUGCAACGAGCCGGUCGGGCCCGCGGUUCGGCAGUACCCAGACCUGCGCCUCGAUGACGAGCAGUGCGUCCCCGUCGGCCCGCCCGGCAGCGGCAACGGGACGUGGGUGUUUAAUUGCCCGUGGCAGAGCGCCGGCUCCAGCGUGCAGCGUUGCAUGUCGGCUGUGCAGCGAGACGCCGUCGACUUUUUGCUGUACGACCCGUUCAACGGCGGCUGCGCCGACGUCUCCAGCGUCGUCACGUUGCUGGACGCCCACGCCCAGGACCUGCUCAACACGACGGCCCUCCAGCAGGAGCUGUACAACCAGGUCGGCAACGGCACCACCGCCGGCGAUAAGUUCUACAAGGUCGACGACACCGUCAUGUACUACAUGCAGCUGUGGGAGAGCCUCAAGAGCACGCUGUCCAAGACGAGGGGCCUCAACCCGGGCCGCGGGAGCAACCUGAAGCAGUACCUGGACACGUACAACAGCUACCGCAACUUUGGCGCUGAUGCCUGCGCGAGCCUCAACGGCUCCUUCAACACGCCGGCCGUCUUGAGCCUGAGCGCCGGCAGCAGCACGUUUCCCAUGCUGGCCGUCUUCAACGAUUUUCCCGUCGCGACCAGUCCACUGACAGCCAGGAUUCAGAAUCCCGCCAAGCUGGCAUGCUGUCCGAAUGGUGGCGUCGCCGUUACGAGCCCCGACAACGGCACCUGCGCGUAUCGUCCUGCUGCGCUUGUUCCGGGCACCAACUGCGUUUGCGGGAAGACGGCCAGCCAGCAGUCUGUGGCUUUUGGCUAUCGCCAGUGCGACAACUUUGUCAGCCAGUGCGACGCAGAUUCUGAUUGCGCAGACGCUGGUUAUGCUGGUUACUUGUGCCUGAUUGGCAGUUGCUGCGGUAAAGGCAUGUGCUUUGAUCCUUUUGAGUGCUCUCGUCCCAAUGUUCUUCUGCUCCCGGGUAGUGUCUAG